CCAAUGAUAUUAUAAGGCCGCUAAUUAAACUCCAGAAGGCAAGGUUGAGCAAAAGAAAAACCGAGUCACAAGCGAUUCUAGUGUUGACUUCAACUACACUUUUGAAAGUAUGUCUGAAAAUGACAAUGUUGGUAAUGUUGGACUCGACGUCAACAUCAUGAGGGCCAUAAAACAGACCGUUCAAGAGGCCAUUAAUCAUGCUCUUUCGGUCCAAAUGAAAACCAUGAUUGAAACCAUCAUUACCGGGGUCGUGGACGGCUUAUCCAAACGCAUAGAAUGCCUCGAACACGAAAAUACAAAACUUCAAAAUGAAAAUCGCACUCUUAAAGACGCAUUGGAUGCCAGCGAACAGUACAGUCGUCGCAAUUGCCUGCAUAUCUUCGGCAUCCCAGAAAGUGCGAAACCAAAUGAAAGCACAGAUGAUAUUGUCAUGAACUUGUGCAAGUCAAUGGGGGCUGAUGUCCUCAUAGGCGAAAUUGACCGUUCUCACAGAACCGGAAAGCCAGGAGGGCCUCAACCGCGCCCUAUUCUAGUAAAGUUUGUGAGCUACCGAGCCAGGCAAAAGCUAUAUUCCCUACGGCGGAACCUCAAGACGAACACGGAACAUGCUCGUGUUUUCAUAAAUGAGGACCUCACCCAGCGGCGUGCUCAGUUAUUAUUUGUCGCGCGUGGGCUUGCAAAAGCCAAACGAAUUGAAAGCGCGUGGAGGCCGUUUUAUCAACAUAUCUUAUCUUAGCGGAUCUUAUCUUAAAUCCCUCACUUACGAUUUCAUUUACGAUCCGCUAAUACCCGUUUUAUGAACGUUGUCGUAAGUAUCGAGUCGCAGCUAAGAUUUUAGCUAAGCGUACGAUCUGAAAUAACGCGAACCAGUCGAAAACGUCAUCACUCGAUUUCCCGCGUUAUGUCAAAGUCGUCUGUUGUCAUAACAAGCAAGAUGGCCGACAAAAUGAACAAGGGGAAACGAAAGCCCAAUUGGUCGGAGACGGAGAUCGCCUGUUUAGUGCAGGCAUGCACGGACAAUAACUCGUUAUUGGUCAGUAAAAUGACUAUUGAAGUGACAAACAGGAAAAAAGAAGAGUUCUGGGCGGACACCUGUGAGAAAGUGAACAGCGUUGGCUUGAGCAGCCGCGAAGUUGACGAAAUAAUAAAGAAGUGGACGGACCUUAAGAGUCAAGCGAAAAAAAAAGAAAAGAACAGGCGGCGGGAAGCGAGUCUAACAGGAGGCGGCAAAACCAGCAUCUGUCUCACAGACUGGGAGCAGAAGAUAGUAGCCAUUCUACCAGAAGAAACACUGGUGGGAAUCGACGGUGGAUUAGACACGUUAUAGUCCAGUUCAUGCUCUAAACAACAAGCAUGUGUUGACGAGGAAACCUCAAGCAUUUCAAUUGGCCACGAGUUGGAAGAUGCGCCAAACAGCCCGUGUGAGGCCAAAUCUGAACAGCCUUGUAAGAGAAGAAAGAUGUCUGUGGGGUCUGGUAAACAACGCCGGGGUCAUUGCGGCCUAUGCACCUGCUGAAUUGACAAGCUUGGAGCAAUUCGAGAAAGUGAUCCAAGUGAACCUGAUGGGCACGAUCUACGUGACGCACACCUUCCUGCCGCUGGUACGCAAGUCACGUGGGCGCAUUGUGAACGUCUCCAGCGUCAUGGCAACCUGUCCCUUUCCUGGCAUUUCACACUACGUUACUUCGAAAGCGGCAAUAAAAAUGUUUACUUCGUGUUUAAGACGAGAGCUGCUCAGAACUGGCGUGACGGCGCACACUAUCGAGCCAGGCGCAUUCAAUACGGCUCUUACCGACCACUCUCGGCUCACGAGCAUGAUGCAAACCGGCUUACAUGGGGCGUCCGAAGAGCAGCGGCAGUUCUACGGCGGAAACAUCGCGAAAUAUGGAUUACUGAGGUUAUUUGUUUUCUUGAAUACGUCAAGUGCUAAAAAUGUUCAAUGUACAUCCGCACAGAAACUCGCAUUUCUACCAGUAACAGUCGUUUGUAAUGCAAUUCUUUUCAACACAUCCGAUAAAACUUACGUUAUGUUCGCUAUAAAGCAGAGACAUAAGUACGUCAACAGCCAUCCCAUCAAUGUGGCUGAUGCCAUGGCGCAUGCGCUGCUGGCCCGGUACCCAGAAACGCGCUACCUGGUGGGACUCGACGCGCACCUGUUCUUCCGGUUAAUGUCUCUUAUUCCAGAACGCGCAGGCGACUUUAUUUUCGGCUGGCCAAAGCCGUAUGGAAAGAUGUUCGAUGACUUCAUACACUAGGUUUCACUCCCGCCAUAUUGAUCUUCAUUGUAAACAAAAUAAGACACAUUGUACACAUUCAUAAAAUGAUAUGUCAGCAAGAUUUAUGUAUGUUUACUAUAGAUGUGUUAUAAAAACGGAGAAAAAAUAACUGAGAGCGGAACUUUAUGAUUAUUCAGAUUUAGCAAUAAUCUAUGCAGGCUUAUAGAAUACGCGAACACAUAAAGAACAGUAAUAAACAAGUAAAAGUAAUUAACACUCAUGUAGGUUUGUAACAGGGCUUUUGACUUAUCAGCUCAAACUUUUAAUAAUUUUAUAUUUUUUUAAACAGCAUACAUGUUUGACAAGUGGUUGGUGACACAUUAAUUAACAGAUAAGAUUUCCUUGUUCCCAGAUUAUACCGUUGGUGUUCGCCAUCCUGUGUUAAAAGUUCGUUCCGCGUAAAUAAUAGCACGAGCAUAAAUUGUGUGUAUCAACGACCGAAUCUGGCCACCAGGCAUAUCAUUUACGAAAGCGUGCACCCGAGGGAUUGAUUUAAUUCGUCACAUUUCCGCAAAGUCUUUUUCCAAGGCAUUGCAUUUGUACUCGCGUUAAUUGUGUAAUACACCAUUGCUGGUAAACUUUGCCUUUUUGAUUUUGAACUUAUUCUGGAUGUAAUUUAGUUAGAAAGAAAAUAUAAAGGAUAAUAUAACUUA